AUGCAAAGGCGGAGAUGGAGGCAGAGCAGAAAAGAGUGGGUUGCUCAAAUCAGACAAGUUUCCAUCCGCAUUCAAGAUGUGAUCGACCUUUACUUGUACAAGGUGGCCAACAAUGAUGAUGACGACCACCACAAUCCCCGCCGUGGACGGCGAAACGCCGUUGCUGGGGUUCUGUGCAAAAUUUGUGAUUUGCUCAAAAAUUGUGUACCCCGGCAUGAGAUUGCAUCUGAGAUUAGCGAAAUCAGGGAGUCAAUAAACAGACUCAAGGAAGCAAGACAAUUGUACGGCGACUCCAAUGCUGGUGCAGAAUCAAGCGGCGGUCGCAGUUCAUCACCGCAACGGCAUUACCUUGGACUGCGAGCCAAUUUUGCAGAGGAAGAAGAGCUUGUGGGGAUUGAACAUGCCAAGAAAGAGCUCAACAACUGGCUCUCAGAAGGCGCUGCUGCUCGCACAGUCAUCGCUGUGGUUGGCGAAGGCGGACUUGGUAAAACAACUCUGGUGAAAAAUGUAUACAAGCAAGAACAACAAAAGCACCGUUUUGAUUGUUAUGGGUGGGUGGAUGUAUCUCGCUCACUCAAAGGAGUGCAGUUGUUCAAGACUUUGCUGCGGAGCUUUCAUGAUAUGAAAGGACGCAAUGUGGACAAGAACCUUCAUGCUUUGAUUGAAGAUACAAGAAAAUACUUGGAAGGAAAGAAGUACUUAAUAGUACUUGAUGAUGUUUGGGAAACAGAGCUAUGGGGAGUUGUGGAAUUGGCAUUACCGAAAAAUAAUGGAAUGAUAAUGAUUACAACAAGAGAUACGGGUUGCUGAUUCUUGCAAAGUGUCAGCAAAAGUUCAUACCUACCCACUGAAGCCUCUAGAAUUCAAAAAUGCCUUGAAAUUCUUCCAUUCGAAGGCAUUUCAAUCUGGUUCCAAGAAUCCCUCUCAAGAGUUGAUGAAACUAUCCGAAGGGUUCACAAAAAAGUGCGAUGGUGUGCCACUUGCAAUUGUGGCUAUAGCAUCUCUUCUGUCAACCAAGAAAGAAAGAGUCUCAGAAUGGAAGGCGGUGUACAACAGUCUUCAAUCAAAGCUUGCAAGCGAUUCUCAUCUUAAAGGUUACUAUCAGGCACUGUCAGAAAGCUAUCAGGAUCUUAGUUACCACCUCAAGUCAUGUCUCUUGUACUUUGGCCUUUUUCCCGAACAAUACGCAAUCAAUUGCGUAAGGCUCGUCAAUUUGUGGAUAGCUGAAGGGUUUGUAGACCAAAGUCAACGAGCAGUUGGAGAAGAGUACUUAGCUGAGCUCAUUGCUAGGAGCUUGGUUAAGGUAGCUUAUGUGAACACUUACGGCAGAGUUAGAAAGUGUAGAGUUCAUGAUUUGAUGCAUGACUUAAUUGUGAAGAAAUGUGAAGAGUUGAACUUCUGCCAAGUGAAGAAAGGUAACCCGUUUUGUUUUGAUAAAUGGAGUAGACGUUUAUCAAUUGGCACAAAUGUUGUUUUUGCUGAUCUGAGAAUAAGUGCUGAUAGAAACCAAUGUAGCUUGUUGCGUUCUUUCCUUCUUUAUGAUAUUAUAGAUGAGGAAGAAAUGAUAAACACUUUUGUGAACUCACUUUUCUCUAAUUUCAAGCUCUUGGUGACACUGGACUUUGAAAACAUACGACUUGGUCAUCUUCCAGAAACAAUUGGAAACUUUGUCCACUUGAAAUACCUAAAUUUAAGACGUACCAACAUUGAGAGCAUCCCCAAAUCCAUCGGAAAGCUCCGAAACCUGGAGACUCUUGACCUAAAAUGGACCAAUGUGAGUGAUCUUCCGGUGGAGAUUUACUCACUUACAAAGCUGUGUUAUCUUAAUGUGCGUACGAAAGUGUGGGAAGGUGUGAAAUUAAAGAGAGGGAUUGCAAAUUUAACGGCCCUACAAAAAUUAGCCUUGGUUGAUGCAAGUGAUAAUGUUGGGGAACUAAAGAAUUUGAAGCAAUUGAGGAGUUUGAAGAUCAAAAAUGUUGUUGGAAAGGAUGGAAUGUGGUUGUGCAAUGCUAUAGAGAGCAUGACCAACCUAUGCUCAUUGACGAUAAGUGCCAAAAACAAUGAAAUUCUUGAAUUGGAGUCAUUAACUAGUCCUCCUCUACACCUUGAGCGUCUUUACUUAUCUGCAGGUUCUUUAGAGAAAAAGGUGCCAGAUUGGAUUUUUAGACUCAAAAAUCUAAUCAGGUUGGAGUUGGGAGGGUUUAAAUUCACACAAGACGAAUUGUGUCUUGUAGGGUGCUACUUGCCAGAAUUGAUGCGACUUUAUGUCAGGCAAUUCGAGGGUGAUGAAUUAAACAUCCAAAAGGAGUGGUUCCGAAAACUACGAUCAUUCACCCUAAUGGAUGUGGGUUCAACAUUGAAAGCUAUUAGAAUAGAUGCAGGAUCACUACCUUGCCUCCAAUAUUUCUCCCUCCCACUUUGGCUUUGGCAUCUGAAUCCAAAAGUAGUACAAGUGCCAGGUCAUGUUCGGAAACUCAUGCCUAAAAAAGGACAAGUACUGAGAAACUACGCAAAGACUAAGCGUGAGAAACAGAAACUAUAAGAGACCGAGAUUGAAAUAUAUUUCAGUAUUGUGUUUGGUGUAAUGGGAGAUAAAAAUUGAAACAAAAAUGAAACUCUAAUUUAAUUUGUAUAAAGUAUAAAAUUAGUAUUAAUCAAUUAAAAUAAAAUUAUUUUAGAUAUAAAAUGUUAUUAAAGUUUCAAUCUCCAUCUCUAAAAAUUUUAGUUUUCUGUGUCCCUACUUUUUAGAAGUACUGAAAUACUGAAAUUUUAGAGACAGAGACAAAAAUUUUAGUAUCAGUCUCUAAACCAACAAACACAAUAUUAAGUCUCAGUCUUUCGAUCUCUAUCUCAAUACCUCAAAACAAACGCUACCAUAUAGUUAUAUACUAUAUAGACUAUAGAGCACCC